UCCAUCUCUGCAGAGAUUUCAGGAAGAGCUGUUAAUCAGACACAUGGGAUCUUAAUUUAGCAUUCACCUACCCCAUGCUGAGAUAUCCCUCCCCUCAUCCAUCCAUUUCCCAGGCAGGAUCCCCUCUCCAACCCAACUCCUCAUAUCUGUGUCACCAGACAACGUCACCGGAUUCAGACUUUACAAGGAGAGGACUGUCAAUGAGGGGGUGGUGAGUGGGUGGAGAAUGGGGUAUAAAGCAGGGAGGCAGCUAGCUCCAGGAGAAAAGCACUUGAGAGACCAGCUUCCACUACAAAUCAAAGCUUGAACCCUUCAAGUCUUCAGCAUCCUCUGCUGACUCUGCUCCUGUGUCUGGGAGUUCUCAUCACUUGCUACAAGUUAUUCUUCCUUCAUCUUCUGUUACCAUGGCAGCCAACCAGGGUGAGGACCAGCUGUGCAGCUAUCAGGAAGCCAUACGCCAGGGUCCUUUUCUCUAUGCAGACUUGCCUCAGCCUUCUCCAUCCAGUGGACCUCUCAGGAGAAAUAAACUCAACAGGCUAAAAAUCCAGCCUCUGUCCUUCGAGGAGAUAAGAGAGGUAGAGGAGGAAGGAGCAUCCCCCAACGAGGAGGAGAAGGCUAGGAGAUCAUUCUUAAAAUCGUUGGAUUCCUUGAGGAGAGGUUCUCUCCAUCUUCACCUCAAGAAGGACAAGCUGAACAGCCACAAACUCAGUCUGGACUCCAGUGACUCUGACACAUCUCUGUAACCCACAAUCUGAGAGAUAAGACCUCAAACAACCCCCCAAUGCCUGAGUAGAACAGGGGGUUCUGUGGAGUAGUUCUGGAAACUUCACCUCCUCCAGGUGACAUUGAGAGAUGGACAUCUAGCACAUAGGACUUGUGGUUUUAUUUUCUGGGUUGGCAGAGUCUGCCUGAUGCCUUCCCUAUGCCAGGAUGUUUACAGAGGUGUUUUGUAAUAAAUAUGUAUAUUUUUCUAUCACUUACUGACCCUUGAAUACUCUUCCCAUCCAACAGUAUUAGUCUUUCAAUAAAUAUGUGACUGUGGAUGUGAUUUUUAAAAAAAGGCCAUAUGCUCUCAAUAGAUUAUUUAAUGUAUGAACUCUGUGAAUCUGUAUAUGUGAAAUGAUAUAAGCUUUAUAUUUUUAUGUUGCUUUUAUGACUAAAUAAACUGUUUCUAAUUGAA